AUGUGUAUGAAUAUGCUUUUAUUCUUAUUUAUUUAUCAUCAUCUUUUUUUUUACUGUUAUUAUUUUAUAUUUCUCUGCUACGUUCUUUUUUUUUUGUUAUUGUUAUCAUUCCUACCAUUAUUAUUAUUAUUAUUACCAUUAUCACUAUUACGAUUAAUACGUUUUUUUUUGUUUUCUUUAGGAAAUUUGUUACGUCAGUCCAUUUGUUUACUUAAUUUUUUCCUUAUUUUUUUUCUUUCCUUCAUUCUGAAAGAGAAAAAAAAGGAGAGAAACGAUGAUUUUUCUUUUUCGAUAUGCUUGUUUUUUAUUUUAUUUUAUUUUUCCUCCGAGAUUUGUGGACAUCAGCGUUAUUAA